CAAGAUAUUUAGAGAAAUUUGUCUUCAAAUUUCUUUUACAGCCCCAAAUUUUUAAAGACACAAUCAAAAGUUCCUAUCAUGAAAUUUUUAUUCAUCGGCAAUCCAAAUUAAAUUUUAGCAUUCUGCAUAAUGAGAACAAGUCCCUGAGAUACUUAUGUUCUUCAAGCUGUAGAGCAGUACACAUAAAUAAUUUGAAAUUAAAUAUGAAUUCUUUUGAUGAAGUUAAUAGUUUAGCUGAUUUCAUAUUAUCUGAAAAUCAAAAUGAGUACUCUGAAGAAAAUAGAGAGGAGUUAACAAAAAUUCUUAAUUUCUUAAUUCAUCAUGGAUGUUCAGUAAAUGAUAUAAAAAAGUAUUCAAAACAUCUUAAUAUCUUGAAUUGUUCCUAUAACAAAAUUAAAUUACUGGAAGAAGUUCAUUCAAAUAUUUUAACUUUGUUACCCCUUCUAUCAUUGCCCACAACAAGUUUAUACUUAGCCGUGAAGCGGGCUAGAGAGGAAAAGGUUAAAACUAACGAUUUCCCUGAUAGAAUAUCAUAUUUAUGUCAUCACUUAGAACUGUCUUCCUCAGAUUUGAUUUCAGCUUUAACUAAGCAUCCAGCUUUACUAACAAUGAAAUUUAAACGCCUGGAACAAAAAAUGAACAUUUUAAAAGAUGCUGAAAUAAGCACAGAGUACAUAGUAAAAGAUUUAUGGAUAUUCAAUUACAAUGAAAAGCUAUUAGCCAAUCGCAUUCAAGCUGCCCAAAAAGCAGGAGUGGAACCAAAACCAUGGAUGUUACGUUGUUCGGAAAAGUUUUUUGAAUCAAUGCUGGUAAAAAACUCUGAAACGCAACGCAUUCUGGACGGGGAAGAUGAAAUUAGUUAUCUUGCAAGAAAACUGAAUUGCAGCAAAGAGUAUGUGGACUACAUGAUGGAAAGAAACAAGCUGCUGAAAACUAUUAACAUUCCUAAACUAGAACAGGUAAUAAAUUUUCUUUUUGAAAAAGGUUACACUCCUCAAGAAGUUAGAUUGUUCCCAAGAGUCUUCUGUUCAAGUGUAAAAACACUGGAAAAGAAAUUUGAAAAAUUUAAACAGAUACGAAAGACACUACCAACAAUAUCCCAGUUAUGUAUAUCUUCAAAAAAACUUUGAAAUGUCACUAGAAAGAAACAAAAACUAAUGUUUCAAAACACAAACUGAUUUAAAAAUAAGAAAUAAAAUUGUCCCAACUCAUGAACUAGAGAUGCAGAAGUUGAUUUUAAAGUGACUGAUUACUAUCUUAUUAUCAUAGUGUAUUAAAAUUUAUGUUUAACACAUAUUUCUAUAAUAGCCAACAUUGAAAAUCUUAUUGUAGACUCACAUUGUUUUCAAAAAUUCUCUAAUGAAUUUGUGUGCUUUUUUAAUGCUUAAUUUUCAC